CCGCCUCGUUUUUACCGCAUAAAGAUUCGAAAGCCCUCCUCUCUCGCUUUCGUCUCCACGCCUAGGGUUUCUCUGCCUCGCCGGGGAAGCGAUGCAGCCGCUGCACCAACCGCCGAUGAACGGGCAACACGGCCCGCCUCCUCCGCAGGGAUCCGGGGUUCCCACGGCUUCGCAGCAGCAGGCGCCACCGCCGUCGUACUACCAGCAGCAGCAGCAGCAGCAGCAGGGGCCACCGCCUCAGUACUACCAGCAGGGUCCCCCACAGCCGUGGGCGCAGCAGCAACAGUACGCUCCACCGCCGCCGCAGUACCCGCCUCAGAUGCAGCAGUACGCUCCACCACCGCAGCAGUACGCCCCUCCGCCGCAGCAGCAGUACGCCGCUCCGCCGCAGCAGCAGUACGCCGCUCCGCCGCCGCAGUACGCGCCUCCGCCGCCGCAGUACGCGCCUCCGCCGCAGCAGUACGCGCAGCCGCCGCAGUACGCGCAGCCACCGCAGUAUGGGACAACGCCGGGAAGCGGUGAGGUCAGGACCCUGUGGAUUGGAGAUCUUCAGUACUGGAUGGACGAGAACUAUCUCCACUACAACGCCUUCGCGCCUGUGGCCCAGCAGAUUGCCUCUGUGAAAAUUAUACGGAACAAGCAGACUGGGCACUCAGAAGGUUAUGGUUUUAUUGAGUUUUACUCUCAAGCCGCUGCAGAACAUACUCUGAUGAACUUCAAUGGGCAGAUGAUGCCGAAUAUUGAGAUGGCUUUUAAGCUGAAUUGGGCUUCUGCUAGCACUGGGGAUAAGCGUGGAGAUAAUGGUUCUGACCAUGCAAUAUUUGUUGGUGAUUUGGCCCCUGAUGUUACGGACUCCAUGUUGGAAGAUGUGUUCAGAGCUAACUAUCCUUCAGUUAGAGGAGCUAAAGUUGUUGUUGAUAGGAUCACUGGACGGCCUAAAGGAUAUGGGUUCGUGCAUUUUGGAGAUCUGAAUGAGCAGGCACGUGCUAUGACCGAGAUGAAUGGAAUGAUGUUAUCUACAAGGAAAAUGAGGAUUGGGGCUGCAGCUAGCAAGAAGAAUACAGAUGCUCAGCAGACAUAUGCAACUAAUGGUGCAUACCAGAGUUCUCAAGGCAAUUGUUCAGAGAAUGAUCCCAACAAUACAACAGUCUUUGUGGGUGGGUUAGAUUCCAAUGUAGACGAGGAGUAUCUAAGGCAAAUUUUUACUCCGUACGGAGAAAUUUCCUAUGUGAAGAUUCCUGUAGGCAAGCAUUGUGGAUUUGUUCAAUUUACCAGCAGGUCAUGUGCUGAGGAAGCCAUCCAAAUGCUGAAUGGGAGUCAGAUUGGUGGACAGAAAGCUCGGCUUUCAUGGGGCCGUAGUACUCAAAACAGACAGGCUUCUCAGCAUGAUGCCAACAGCCAGUAUAAUGGGAACAACUAUUAUCGAUACCAACAGCCGGGUAAUGAAGGUUAUAGCUAUGGUGCACCCAAUGCACAAGACCCAAGCAUUCAAAACUACUAUGGAUACCCUGGUUAUGGUAACUAUGAGCAGCAGUCAACACAGGAACAGCAGCAGCAGCAGCCUCCACCAGCACAGGAGCAGCCUCCACCGGCACCACAGUAACAAUCAUCGUGGUGACGAUUGCUUGGGCACUUCUGGAAUGCUAUCAGAUUAGAGGGACUACAGUCAGAGCAGUGCCGUGCCGAAUGAGACGUCCUGAAGAUAUGGAGGGCAUAUAGUCGCAUGGGUGUUCUUGGGCCGGUGUUAAUCUACGAUGACACUCCUGAUGUCUCUUUUGUUUGUCAUUGAGAUCUUGACGGCUGAAGUAUGCACCGUUGAAAUUGAUGUAUUCGUCGUCGUCGGAUUGUUUAUUUGCUCGGAACCAUUUUUUGCACUUUA